AUGAGGUGGCAGUGCCAGUGCGGCAGGAAACGGGACGCGGAACAGCAACACCAACAACAAGUGAACCAGCCCUCGGACAACUCCGUGGUCAGAUCAUCCACCAGCUCAUCCUCAACCUCAACCUCAACUUCGAGUAAGAAAGCUCGAACCAAGGACCGUUUGAAGAGGGGAAACGAGGGCCAUAUUCAUUCGAGCGAAAAGCCAGACGUCGCCUCCUCCUUGCGGUUGUCGUCGUCAGCAUUUUUUGCAUCCUCCGCCGCCUUGGUUCACCCGACAUGCCAGGCGGAGGAAAGGCAGACCUUAGCAGGAUCACACAAUUCAGUUCUAAGAGGGAAUGACGCGGGCAUUUCUUUUGCAGCGUUGGACUUUCGUUUUAUAAGGUAA